UUUGUCAUUCUAUGACCCAGUUGAUUGAUCAACAUGUCGAUACGUUAAAUGCAGUGUUUAUUUGGAUUUUUAUAUCUAACAUUAAUAGACUUAUAAUUGAAAGAAACAAAUAUGUUGUAUCCUUACGAUAUAAAUAACUGAGUUUUUAAAAUGUACGUGUUCUUGAUUAUAUAUUUUAAGUUUUGAAUUCUUUAAUAUGUCAUUGCCGCUAAGAGUAAUAAUGAGAGUUGUUGGGAAAAUUUUAAAGGCUUUUUAAAGACAAAUCAGUAAGAAGAUUUGAUGGUAUUAAAUUAUUUGACCCCCUAUAUAUAACAGGUGUUUUCACACUCAAGGCAAUCACUUAUUGUCAAAGAAAAAGAGAAAUAAGUCCGUUUGUUUAUGACCUUGAGAUUUGUCUCUUUUUUUUAUUUGGUAAUAAUGGGGAACUGCAUGGAGAGGUGGAUGCAAGGAGAAGGAGAAGAAGGAGAGAUAGAGGCAAGAGCAAAGGCAAAAGAGUCAUUCAAACUUGAUGGUGAUGAUGAUGACCAAGAUGGAGGUCAAGGUGGAACGAAGGUGAAGAUAGUGCUUACAAGACAUGAAUUGGAUAUGUUUUUGCUUCAGAUGAAUAGGAAUCAUGAAGGAAACUUGAUGAUGACAAAGGAUGUUAUGGUAGAGCUAGAGAAGAGGAUCAUAAAACCAACACCAUCUUUAUCAUCAUCACCAUCAUCGAUGGCGUGGGAACCAUCUUUAGAGAGCAUCAUCGAGUGCCCCGAAGCUCAAGAGAUGGAUAGAUGAGGACGCUAUGAUGAUCUAAAUUGCAUUGUGUUAAAUCACGGUGAUCGGAAAUUAUAUAAUUAACAUUUUUGCAUCACUCUAUGUCUUUUAGAUAGAUAUUUUUUGUUAGACUAGACUCGAGGUCGAUAUCGUACCAUAUAUAAUAAGAUCUUUAAUCUAUCAAGAAAUAUAAAAUUAAUUUGGUUACUUU